GCGAGGCUCCACCAGUGACCACUCUCGUUCAGUGUUAUUGUUAUCGUUAUUAAAAUUCUCGUUAUUAACCGAUAUCUAUAUCGAGAGGAAAGGCAAAGAAGAGCAGGAAAGAGAGAGUGAGAGAAAAAGAGAGGGCAAGGGGGAACGCAGAGAAGAAACUGACAGAGAGACGCACCGGGGAGGUUGGCAGCGGUGGUGGUGGUGGUGGUGCUGCUGCUGCUGCUGCUGCGCCGGGCGGUGGUGGUGGUGCGCCGUGACACGGUGGUGGAACGAAAUCACGAAGGACACGACCGUGAGAAGAAAGAGGGUUGUUAUGGGGCGAGACUCCCGUGGCGUGUUGCUGCUUGUCGCGCUGGCCGUGCUGGCGGCCGCGGACGGCUUCUCGACCGACAGUAAACUGGCUUGCCCUCUGAGGCAGUUCCGAUGCGCCAAUGGCAGAUGUAUACCGAUUUCGUGGGUCUGCGACAAAUCGGAUGACUGUAUCGACAAUUCCGACGAGAGUCCGGAGGAAUGCAAAAACACCCAGGAGUGCAAAGACACCGACUUCAAGUGCACCAACGGUAGAUGCAUACCGAAUAUAUGGCAAUGCGAUGGCGACCGCGAUUGCCCGGAUGGCGUGGACGAAGACCCCGCAAUUUGCAGAGCGAUACCGUGCGGCGAAACGGAAUUCCAAUGUAGCCCGGGCGAGUGUAUACCGAAGAACUGGCUAUGUGAUCGCCAGGUAGAUUGCACCAACGGUCUGGACGAGAAGGAUUGUCACAGAACCAAGACCUGCACGCCUGAACAAUUCACAUGCCAUUCGGGAAAUGGCGAGUGCGUGGCACUAACAUGGAUGUGCGACGGCAACGUCGACUGUUCGGAUGGUUCGGACGAGGCUGAGUGCAACGAUACUUGUCGAUCCGAUGAGUUUACCUGCGCGAACAAGCACUGCAUUCAGCAGAUGUGGGUGUGCGACAACGACAACGAUUGCGGGGACAACAGCGAUGAGAAGGGUUGCAAACCGAUAACUUGCCAUCCCGGUACUGAUUUUACCUGCUCCGAAUAUUACUGCAUAACAUCGCGAUGGAGAUGCGACGGCGAUUAUGACUGUCCUGAUCGAUCCGACGAAUUGGGAUGCAAGGACCAGCCGAACGGAGGAAAGAUAGGUCACUGCAUAGCGAAUAAGGAGUUUGAUUGCGAUGACGGUAUUACUUGCAUCCAUCAGACUUGGGUUUGCGAUGGUGAGAAGGACUGUCCAAACGGUGCAGACGAAUCUCCGCAGAGAUGUCACAACGUCACCUGCAGACCUGACCAAUUCCAAUGCGAAGAUCGACGGUCUUGCAUCUCGGGUCACUUGUCUUGUAACGGUAAAGCCGAUUGUGCUGACGGAAGCGAUGAGAGGAAUUGCACAGGUAAAAUCGUGAGCUGCGAUCCACUGCUUCAGUUCGAAUGCAGUGAAGGCUCGUGCAUUCCUCUGGACAAAGUCUGUAACAAAAAUCCAGAUUGCAUCGGCUGGGAAGACGAGAGUGCUGAGCUUUGUAAUGUGAACGAAUGCGCACAGAACAAUGGUGGAUGCUCGCAGAUUUGCGUUGAUCUACCCAUUGGCUAUCGGUGCGACUGCAACGCAGGUUACAGACUCAUAGACAAUCGCACGUGCGAUGAUAUCGAUGAAUGCUUGGUGCCUGGCAGCUGCUCUCAGUUUUGUCAGAAUGAAAAGGGCAGUUUCAAAUGUAGUUGCGCCGCUGGUUACCUUAAAGAUCCGCGAAAUCUAACACACUGUAAAGCCGCAGAGGGUCAUGCGAGUCUGUUGUUUGCUCGUCGACACGAUAUCCGAAAGGUAGCUCUGGAUCGUCAAGAAAUGACUGCCAUCGUUAAUAAUACUAAAAUGGCAACGGCUUUGGACUUUGUCUUUCGCACGGGGAUGAUCUUCUGGAGCGACGUCAGUGAAAAGAAAAUUUACAAAGCUCCAAUAGACGAAGGGAACGAGCGUACAGUCGUUAUCGAGAACGAUCUCACUACGUCGGAUGGAUUGGCAGUCGAUUGGAUUUACAGCCACAUUUAUUGGACAGACUCUGGGAAGGAUACCAUUGAACUGGCAAAUUUUGAAGGAAACAUGAGGAAGACUCUGAUACGAGAUCGCAUUCAUGAGCCUAGGGCAAUAGCGUUGAAUCCCUUGGAAGGCUGGAUGUUCUGGACAGAUUGGAGCGACGAAGCUCGUAUCGAACGUGCUGGCAUGGAUGGCUCUCAUCGAUCGGUGAUUGUUGGUAACGAUGUCAAGUGGCCGAAUGGCUUGACUUUGGAUCUGAUCGGCAAGAGGGUUUAUUGGGUAGAUGCGAAGUUAAACAUCAUAGGCUCUUGCAAUUACGACGGUACCGGCAGGCGAACGGUGCUCUACUCUCCCGAUAAUCUCAGACAUCCCUUCAGCAUCACGACUUUUGAGGAUUACGUAUAUUGGACUGACUGGGACAAGGAAACGAUCUUCAAAGCCAACAAGUUCACCGGACAGGAGGUGGAAGCUGUAACGUCGAUCAGAACGCUCCAACAUCCAAUGGUAGUCCACGUGUAUCACCCUUACAGGCAGCCCGAUGGAAUGAAUCAGUGCCAGGCCGUCAACGGACAUUGCAGCCAUUUGUGCUUGCCGGCACCCAAGAUCAACUCUAGAUCGCCGUUGUUAUCGUGCGCCUGUCCUGACGGCUUACGACUACUGUCCGAUGGAUUGAUGUGCGUGGAGAAUGUUACUACAACCGUAGCACCAUCCACGCAAGCAGCUAUGAUGCCGUUCCGAAGGCUCGAGCCUCUUCUGAAUAUUACUACGACUGCCAAUCCACUGUCUCCAGUAGAUGCAAAUGGAAAGGGAAGUCUAGCAGGUGAAUCGAAUCCUGGCUUGGUCGCUGGCAUAGUAAUAGGCGUAGUGUCCCUGGGAGUAAUAUUACUCGCGCUUGUGGCGCUACUCUGCUACAGGCAUUAUCUUCAUCGUAAUGUCACCAGUAUGAAUUUCGAUAACCCCGUCUACAGGAAGACUACGGAAGAUCAGUUCAGUCUCGAGAAAAACAGAUUUCCACUUCCUGCAGCUACAGUUGGAGAGGAGGCUCAAGAACCGUUGACGAGUCCUGGGACAAACGAUUACGUUUAAAACUUAAUCUAUUAAUGCAGAGGGUUUAACAGGCUACUGAAGUACUAUAUUGACCAAGUGAUAAAACGAUGUAAAGAAAAACAAGGUGUUUGCGUCGAAAUGGCCUGUCCAAACGCAUCAUGCCUGCGUUCGCUCGCAAGCCUGCCAACCAACUGUGAUUAUGUUAAUUUUCUUUUUUGUAUGUCCAUUUCUUUACAAAUUUUAGCACUUUGUCACUCGGAAAUAUGUAUAUUAUGCGUCCAAUAUUUAGAUUUGCUCGGGGCAUAAAGGGAGAAAUGUCUAAAGAAAUUGUUGCCAAAUAAGCUUAAGGUCUUAAGCUUCGUGUAUCUAUGUAGUUCGAUAAGUAAUUAAGAUUCCUACAUAACACUUUCCUUUAGUUUAGUUAAACGACACGUAAUGUAUAAUAAUAUAGCAUUUUUUAGAAGAAUGUAGCAGAGCCUGGUGCACGUAGCGUGUGAUCCUACUCCACUUGCUAUGUAUACAUAAGGAUAUUCAAAAAUCGUUAUUGUUUAAUUAAUUUAUUGUUUAAGUAUACAUGGUAGACACACAUUUUUUUGAAUGGUGUCUUUAGAAGCUCAAGGUACUGCUCACAAGAAUAGUAUCUUGUAAAAGCCAUAUGUAAAUAAUGCGAAAUCUUAAUCGUAUUGUUAACAUUAUUUGCAAAUUAUUGCGAAGCGCGAUGUUAAAACGCGAUAUGAAAAUUGUAAUAUUUAGGAUGCAUGCUGUGAAAUAAAAUGUCAUUAAACUGAAGCGGAAUAAGAGGCUAUAAUUAAUGUUCUUUUUCGUUCCGAAUUAUUAUAAUUUUUUAUAUUUCAUUAUACAGAAAAAAA